AUGAUGCCUUCUCCCCGUCGUCGUCCUCGAACGUCUUCAACGUCGUUGUCUCUGUCGUUACACCAACGUCCAAGCUUAGAAUUGAAGAGAAAGAGGAAGUAUCUGGCGAACAAGAACAAGAAACAAGUGUUUCAGCAGGUGGUAUCAAGUGUAACAGUAACUGGAGAAAACGAGUGGACAAUAAAAAAAGAGUGGUGCGAGGCUGGCGGAGAAGAAUUUGGAGGUGACUCUCCGUCGAAAUGCUUGAGAUCAGACGGAGCGUAUUCAUCUUCUAGCCUUCCUUUACUUCUUGUGCUUCUUAUUAGUUGCUUGAUUGUCUUGCCUAACUGUGCAUUUGGACGUCAAUCAGCGCAUCAUCAUCGUACGUGCCCUGGAUGUCCGCAUCAGCACGUCCACACUAUUCACCGUAAAGAAAUAGGACCAAGCCCUGAUGAUUUACGACUUGAAGCUAUCAAACAUCAAAUACUUACAAAACUUGGACUACGGAAUCGUCCAGAUGUCAAUAAGACAUUGGCACAAGUACCGCGACAUCUUGCUCUUGAAACUCUUUAUCGUGCCGAAGCACAGCCAUCACCUGAAUAUCCUGACAUACGGAAUACCCUACACGAUAAUAAUAAACGUAAACAUAAAGACGAAUAUGGACAAUUUUUUUAUGCAAGCGACGAAUACUCUUAUAAUAGGAAUGUCAACCAGGCCGAGGAGUCGAUGACCGAGGGCGUGACAUCCACCGAGAGUUUUAGAGAAAGUGGAUACGAAGAUUAUCGGGGUACAGAUGUUGAGAUGGAUGACUUUUAUGCGAGAACGUCUGAAAUAAUUACAUUUGCCGAGCCUGGACGGACGUUGAAUGGCCAACCACUUCUGGAAUUCCCAAUGUCAAGUGGUGAACCAGCUUUAGAACCUUUAAAAAUAAAACGCGCAAUAUUAUGGGCGAGGGUAGAGUUAAAACACAUUCAUCAUUACCAACAUCACCGACGGCAGAUCAAUCAAAGAAACAUUACCUUGUGGCUGUUUAAAGUUCGCUGUGGUAAUACGACUCAUUUACGCGGCAAGGAAUUGAGCGAACAUUUAGAAAUGGUGACAUCAUUAACUGUAAAUGUAGGCCAAUUGGGUUGGCAAAAAUUUGACGUUACUAAAAUAGUAAGUAAUUGGUAUACGUCACAUAGACACGUAAAAGAAAGGCUGACACUUCUUGUGGAUUGUACGGGUUGUGGUACACACGUGCAUAUUUCCACUUUUAACGUUCAAGCAUCACGCGUUGUUGAUUCGUCCAUCGACUCAAAAAAUGCUCAAGAUCCAGACCGUCCAUUUUUAGUUGUACGAACCGAUCCAGCUGCAGUAAAGCGGGUGAGAAGACGCGCAAUUGAAUGCAGUGGCGCAUUAAAAGGACAAUGUUGUAAACAAAGGUUUUACGUCAGUUUUUCGCAACUUGGGUGGGACGAUUGGAUAAUAGCACCUCAAGGAUACUACGCAAACUACUGCAGAGGUGAUUGUGCAGCCGGACACCGCACGCCCGAUACAUUUCUCAAUUAUUACACACACGUAAUUGAGGAGUAUAGGAAAAUGGAUAGACUGGCAGGAAUGCAACCAUGCUGCGCUCCUCUUAAAUUUUCACCAAUGUCAUUGAUAUAUUACGGUCCAGAUUCAAACAUUAUCAAACGGGAUUUACCAAAAAUGGUAGUGGACGAAUGUGGUUGUCCUUAA